AUGGACAAUUUUAUUGUGAAUUUGGGACCUAGAAAGAAAACGUCGAGGCCGGUCUUGCUCGUCUUUCUUCUGGUCAUACUCAUAGUCACUUGUCAGUUUGAAUGGAGGCAACAGCUUGUUGAGCUUGAUGCAGCUCGUACCUUGGCUCAGAAGCAGCAGCAGGAAGGAGAAGAUAAGUCGAUUGUAAAAUCUGAUACCGAAUGGGAGAGGAAGAAGACUAAAGAAGCUGAGCCUAAAGAGAAGAAUAAGGAAGAGCUUGGGGGAAGUCAGUGA